AUGGCCCCCUCGACUCACAAGCAGUGGACUGUCCAGAACAAAGAGGAUGGUUUCAACGCCCUCAAAUUCGCCGAAGCGCCUGUCCCCAAGGUCGGCGAGAAUGAGGUCUUGGUGAAGUUUCACGCUGCCUCGCUCAACUACCGCGACCUGAUCAUUCCCCAGGGAUCCUACCCUUUCGCUCUCAGCUUCCCAGUUGUGCCUGGCUCCGACGGUGCCGGUGAGGUGGUCGAAACUGGCUCCAAGGUCUCCCAGUUCAAGAAAGGAGACAAGGUGGUCACUCUCUUCAACCAGCUGCACCAGUACGAUCCCAUCGACUCCAGAGGCACCAGCUCCGGCCUUGGUGGAGUGAUUGACGGCACCCUCCGUGAAUAUGGGGUCUUCAACGAGAACGGCCUUGUCCGAGCCCCCAGAAACUUGAACUACAUCGAGUCCAGCACGCUCUCCUGCGCCGCGCUCACAAGCUGGAACGCUCUGUAUGGUCUUAGACCUCUGCUGCCUGGACAAACCGUGUUGGUACAGGGAACUGGCGGUGUCAGCAUGUUCGCAUUGCAGUUUGCCAAAGCUGCUGGUGCCACGGUCAUUGCUACCACCUCAUCGGACGAGAAGGCCAAGAAGUUGAAGCAGCUGGGCGCUGACCACAUCAUCAACUACAAGACCCAGCCCAACUGGGGUGAGGUUGCCCGCAGCCUCACUCCCGAUAACGUUGGUGUCGAUCACAUUGUUGAGGUUGGCGGCAGCGGUACCCUGGAGCAGAGCUUCAAAUGCAUCAAGUUCGAGGGUGUGAUCAGCAUCAUUGGAUUUGUGGGAGGUGUCGACCCUGAGUCGCAGCCCCCGGUGCUCGCUACCUUGAGCAACAUCUGCACGGUGCGCGGUAUCUAUGUCGGCAGUAAAGCCAUGAUGAACGAUAUGGUCAAGGCGAUUGAGGCCAAUGACAUCCAUCCGGUGGUGGACGAGCAGGUCUUCACUCUCGAGAAGACCAAGGAGGCCUAUGAGUACAUGUGGGCGCAGAAGCACUUCGGCAAGUUGGCCAUCAAGAUCGAGUAA